AUGGGCGCGCUGGCCCGGGCGCUGCUGCUGCCGCUGCUGGCUCAGUGGCUCCUGCGAGCGGCCCCGGCGCUGGCCUCCGCGCCCUUCACGCUGCCUCUCCGAGUGGCCUCGACCACCAGUCGGGGGGCUGUGCCUACCCCAGGGCCCGGACCCCCCGCUGAGCCCCGCGCGGAUGGCCUGGCGCUCGCCCUGGAACCCGCUGGGAGUGCGGCCAACUUCUUGGCCAUGGUGGAUAACCUGCAGGGGGACUCCGGCCGCGGCUACUACCUGGAGAUGCAGAUUGGGACCCCCCCGCAGAAGCUGCAGAUACUCGUUGACACCGGAAGCAGCAACUUUGCCGUGGCUGGGGCCCCACAUCCCUAUAUCGACUCUUACUUUGACGCAGAGAGGUCCAGCACAUACCGCCCCAAGGGUUUUGAUGUCACUGUGAAGUACACACAGGGGAGUUGGACCGGCUUCGUUGGGGAGGACGUGGUCACCAUCCCGAAAGGCUUCAACAGUUCUUUUCUUGUCAACAUCGCCACCAUAUUUGAGUCAGAGAAUUUCUUUCUGCCUGGGAUUAGAUGGAAUGGAAUACUUGGACUGGCUUAUGCUACGCUGGCCAAGCCUUCAAGUUCUCUGGAGACCUUCUUUGAUUCCCUCGUGGCACAAGCAAAAAUCCCCAACGUAUUCUCCAUGCAGAUGUGUGGGGCCGGACUGCCAGUAGCUGGAUCUGGUACCAACGGAGGUAGUCUUGUCCUAGGUGGAAUUGAACCAACUUUGUACAAAGGAGACAUCUGGUACACCCCUAUUAAGGAAGAGUGGUAUUAUCAGAUAGAAAUUCUAAAAUUGGAAAUUGGAGGCCAGAGCCUUAAUCUGGACUGCAGAGAGUACAAUGCGGACAAGGCCAUCGUGGACAGUGGCACCACGCUGCUGCGCCUGCCCCAGAAGGUGUUUGACGCCGUGGUGGAGGCUGUGGCCCGCACGUCUCUGAUUCCAGAAUUCUCUGAAGGUUUCUGGACUGGUUCCCAGCUGGCAUGCUGGACGAAUUCUGAAACACCUUGGUCAUAUUUCCCGAAAAUCUCCAUCUACCUGAGAGACGAGAACUCCAGCAGAUCAUUCCGUAUAACUAUCCUGCCUCAGCUUUACAUUCAGCCCAUGAUGGGGGCUGGCCUGAAUUAUGAAUGUUACCGGUUCGGCAUCUCGCCAUCCACCAACGCACUGGUGAUUGGUGCUACGGUCAUGGAGGGCUUCUACGUGGUCUUUGAUAGAGCUCGGAAGAGAGUGGGCUUUGCGGCCAGCCCCUGUGCAGAAAUCGCAGGUGCUCCGGUGUCUGAAAUUUCUGGGCCUUUCUCAACGGAGGACAUAGCCAGCAACUGCGUCCCUGCCCUGCCGUUGAACGAGCCCAUUUUGUGGAUCGUCUCCUAUACUCUCAUGAGCGUGUGUGGAGUCAUCCUUCUUGUUUUAAUCACCCUGCUGCUACUUCCGGUCCGGUGUAGGCAUCACCCCCGAGAUCCCGAGGUGGUCAACGAUGAGUCCUCGCUCGUCCGGCAUCGCUGGAAAUGA